AUGAGCCUUGAAACCGCCGUUCUUAUACGGAUACUGUUCACGACGGUCGUCCUUUAUAUCACUGGUUGGAUCGUAUAUUGCCGCUAUUUCCAUCCUCUCCGCGCCAUUCCUGGGCCAUUUCUUGCUUCCAUCAGUCGAUCAUGGAUUGUAUACAAAACCAUGGCGGCAGACAUGGAGCAUACCCAGCGGGCCUUGCACAAGAAGCAUGGAUAUCUUGUUCGUAUUGCACCUAAUGAAGUUUCUUGCUCCGAUCCCGAAGCCAUCAAGACUAUAUAUGGCGUCAAGAGAUUAUUCAGAAAAACCGACUUUUACAACGCUUGGGCUCCACCGAACAAUGGCUACGUCGGUCACUUCCUUACUCGAGAUGAGAAAGUUCACUCUGAACGAAGACGAAUUGUCAACAAUGUCUACUCGAUGUCCAGUGUACUUGAAUCAGAAGAGGCUGUGAAUUCAUGCUCGCAGCUCCUUUGUGAAAUCAUGAGCGAGUUUGCACGGCAGAAGAAAGAAGUUGACCUCGGCCUCUGGAUCAAUAUGUACGCGUUUGAUGUACUCGGUGAGCUCUUUUACGGCAAGAUGUUCGGCUUCAUGCGUGAUCGAACAGACUUUGGAGGUUAUAUGAAAGCCAUCGACUCUCUGCUUCCUGCUUUCACCAUAGGCGGCACUUUGCCGUCUUACUUAACGAAACUAUAUCUGCUAUCCACGAUUCUGUUCUCACCCUCUGUUCGUGGGGCGUUGGGAGCUAUCAAGCACAUUGAGAUCGCUUCCAAGAAUGCAGUCCAAAAGCGCAAGCAGGAACUUGAAGAGAAAGAGGACGGAAAACACGACAUGCUUCGCAAGAUGCUGGAGAUUAGUAGCGAAAAAGGGUCGAAGAUACAUUUCUCGCAUGAAGAUAUAUAUGUCGAAUCACACAGCUCACUCUUCGCGGGCGCCGACACCACAGCUGCCGCCAUUAAUAGUAUAUUGUAUUAUCUGAUGCUCAAUCCUGUUGCCUACGAGAAGCUUACCGCCGAGAUUGACGCAUCUGUGAUUUCUGGCGACCUUUCAAUUCCCGCUUCCUAUGCCGAAGCAAUCAAGCUCCCUUAUCUGAAAGCAUGUAUCAAUGAGGGCAUGCGCUUAUACCCAAGUGUCGGUUUGACGAUGCCACGACUUGUUCCUGCAGGUGGAGCGAGCAUCUCUGGACACUAUUUCGCAGAAGGUUGCCGCAUUGGUAUCAAUCCAGCCGUGGUACACUACGACAAAAGAGUCUACGGAGAGGACGCUGAUAGAUUCAACCCAGAUCGGUGGAUUCACGCACCUGAUGGAUGCGAUAUUCCACGGAUGGAUAGGACUAUGAUUCAAUUUGGUGCGGGGCCUCGUACAUGCAUUGGCAAGAAUAUUUCAUUGAGUGAAAUCUACAAAUUGGUCCCUCACCUCGUGAGGUUGUUUCACUUUCGCCUUGCGGACCCGAGUACAGGUUGGAAAACGAAAGAUUAUUGGUUCAAUAAACAGACCGGCAUCAAUAUCUAUAUGGAAGAGCGAAUAUUUCAUUAG